AAGAAUGUGCGUGUGAGUGUGAUGCCACUUCAGUUAUGGCGUCUAAUCGAAUUUGUCCAUAAUAAGGCUGUGUCAUUACGGGUGGUUACUUUCUUCGGCUUCCACACUACACAUAAAGAUUUGUGUAGAGGGUGGUUUAAUUUGAGAAAUGAGAAUUAACAUGUUUCACUUUUACCAUUAACAUAAAGUAGAACUCUGUCAACGCUUCUUGAGAUCGCAUCAUUAUUCAGCGCCCAGUGUAUUGCCCGUUCCCUUGGUUGGGUAUGCCAGUGUACCGUUCCCUGCUGGUCUGAGGUUGGAUUUCCCCGUCUAAGUGAGUUGAUGACGAUCACGCGAUCACGUUAUCCAGGAAAACAAACCUGGGCCGUUUAGUCGCAGGAAACCACAGAUGUUUUGUCCGCCGCUGCUCCUAACGGAAGAGGCAGUAAAGCGAGGGACAGAUGUCAACCCCAUGUCACGGGCGACUACCCGUUUCCCUGUUGACAAAGAUUGAGGGAUGUAUACAUGACUUGUAUACAUGUACUUCGAUUCGACUUUAAGUAGGCAUAAGUUGGUUUGCACAUGCUCGCACCGUGAAAGUCGUGGACAUAAACCCCGUGUGGAUGUGGCGGUAUACGAUACAUGUACAUCCCUUGCGCUUAAUUAAUUGAAUUGCCACGGCCAGGCAAUUUGAGGAUUGUUGGUCUCCCCAUCCCCCCUUCCAAUGCUCCGGCGGCACACAUGAACACCUCAAACCUCGCUGAUGGCCACAACUCCUGCCACCUCGACAAAUGAAAUGCGGCUGCGCUGUCGACUGAUUAAAAUUCAAGAAACAGCAUAGGCCUAUUAGAAAACGAAUCAUCGAAGCAGGCCGCAGACAAACUGUCUAUGAGAGUGUGGAAUUCAUCAUCUUCUACAUCUGACAGAGAGCUUGAAGAAAAGACGGGUCCGAUCGACAGAAUGAUACGACCUGCAAAUAAAAACCCCGAUAUAAGCAGUCACCAUGACGAAGAGCUUGUUAUUACACUAGCAAGAUGCGUCAACGAGCAAGCGCCAUGUUUUCUUAGCCUCAUUUUGCAGAGGUUAUCCAAACGUGCGAGUGUAUUUUGGGGGGCCAACAGCGGUGGUUCCGUCGAGCCAAGUUUGAAAUAAUAGAUGGAUCGUUGCAGCAUGAGGUCUCUGGAGGUGACGACCGUUAAAGUGAACCUCACCCUCGCGUCGCCACUUGUUCCAAUCCGACUCAGCAAGCCUUCCCACACUCAUGAACGGACUGACCCCCAGCACGACCUGACGCUGUAAAUACGUACAAACACCCCCGUGUCACCGCAGUACUAGUGCACGUGCUGUCACGCGCAUCGCUCAAACGUUCUCGUUCAGUCUUGGGGCCAAGCUCCUCCGUCAAGCCAGUUGCCUGUGUUUUCCCGUCUCAUCAAUCCACAGAUAGUACUUUAAGAUGCGGAGUAAGUUGUCACUGCAUAAUGUUGUCGGGCUGAUAGGAAGCUUUCUCUGUUCGCUGAAGUGGCAUUCCGUUCUGGGAGAUAAAGCUAUAUGGUUUGUUGUAAUAUGCAUUGGCCAAGGUUCAGUCAGUGUGCGAUGGGCGGGUGCUUUGGGUGUACGUGGUCGGUUUCUGUUUUCGACUUCGAUGCGUGACUUCAGUUAAUUAUGCAAGAGUUCUCUAUUUGGAUUGCGUGCGUAAGCCGUUCGGUUUCACUACUUUCACUUGCGAAAGUAUAGCCUGUUUUCCAAAAGCAACAUUUUCAGUUCAGAUUUCUCAAAGGACGGAUGGGGGUUAGCGUAUUUGCAGCCAUGUUUGCCUCUGCCAGUCUAGUCGUCUGCACCUGUUCAACUAAAUCGUCCGGAUUUUAAUUGUUAAUGGCGCAUUCUCAUAUUGCUAACAUGUUUUACUCGCUGAUCGAGUGUCAGAGAAAACUAUAUUACAUGCUGAGAUUAGUGGUAUUAAUUUGAGUGCAUUUCUCCGGGAGAUGGAAAAGUCCAACCAAUCAGUGUGGAUUUCUUUUCUGCAUAAAUCGAUGACUUACAUCGGGUGAACCAUCAGAUGUUCUGAGCGAGCUGCAGCACUCAACGCAACGAUGGCGAUGAACCGCAGAAAUAGGCACUUCUUCCAGAUUGCCAUCGCCACCCUAUUGGUCCUGGCCUUGGCCCCCUUACUGCUAAUGAUCAUCAGUCGGGACCCCUCUCUGAUCCCACUCUCUGAUCCGGGCGGGAUUCAGGGAGGGCAUCUGCUACAAAUGAUGCCUCAUCGCGGCAGGCAGUUUCCGUGGGAGAUGGACGAGUACGCCGCGCCAGCCAAUGUUUUGAGCACUUCUCAUCACAGACCUCAAAAUUUGUCUUCCGGUCAACUAAAGGACUCUUCUGAGCACCAAGCGGUCACACCAAGAAACUCCCCAGCAGAACUCAAAGAGACCCUGGGAAAUUAUGAACCAAACAUACCUGCCCCAAGGCGGAGCGGUGUCGGGGAGAACGGGAUCCCCGCUAAGCUGCUGGCAUCGGAACAGGCUCUGUACGAUCAGAGCUACAAGGAAUAUGGGUUCAAUAUGGUGGUCAGUGACCGCAUCUCGCUGGACCGAGCUGUGCCGGACAUUCGGGAUCCACAAUGUAAAUAUUGGCACUACCCAGCUACACUUCCCUCGACAAGUGUGGUGGUGGUGUUUCACAACGAAGGUUGGUCAACGCUGAUGCGCACCGUACACAGCAUCAUCAACAUGACACCCUCGUUCCUCCUCCGGGAGAUUGUCAUGGUAGAUGACUUCAGUGAGAAAGAACAUCUAAAAGAGUCUUUGGAGGAGUACAUUGCGCAACCGCAAUUUGAAGGAAAAGUGAAGCUGUUCCGAAACACGAAGCGCGAAGGCCUGAUCAGGUCACGGAUCACUGGUGCCCAGAGGUCUCGCGGUGAUGUCAUCACGUUUCUAGACGCACAUUGUGAAUGCAAUGUCAACUGGUUGCCGCCUCUCCUGGCCGAAAUUGCUGCGGACAGGCGGGUCGUUGUAUGUCCUACCGUAGACGCCAUUGAAGCAGACACGUUCGCUUAUGGUCCUCAGGUUGACGGAUUGUGCCGAGGCGCAUUCGACUGGGAAUUUUGGUAUAAACGGAUUCAUGUUACCUACAGCAAAGACCGAUUGGGAAUGAAGUACAGUAGCCAGUCGUAUGACUCUCCUGUGAUGGCAGGGGGAUUGUUCGCCAUCGACCGGUCCUAUUUUUUCCAGCUUGGAGGCUACGACCCAGGCCUCCAAAUCUGGGGCGGGGAAAACUUCGAGAUUUCAUUCAAAAUUUGGAUGUGCGGUGGCAGACUGAAGUUUGUCCCAUGCUCAAGAGUUGGACACAUUUACAGGAAAGGUGUGCCGUACACCUACCCAGAUUUAGGGACGGGUGUGUCAGUUGUCCGAACGAACUACAUGCGAGUAGCGGAGGUGUGGCUGGACGAGUACAAAGACUUUUUUUACGCCAACCAGCCCGAGCUACGCGGCAAGCCGUACGGUAACAUCACGGAACAGAUCAACUUCAGACGUCAACACUGCCCGAAGUCCUUCGAUUGGUUCAUGAAGGAAGUGGCAUUCGACACGCUGGAGAGGUUUCCUCCGCCUCCCGUCAACAGACUAUGGGGACAGAUACGAGGGCUUUAUAGCGAUAUCUGCUUGGACACAAUGGGGCGCGAGGAAACAGACGGGAGGUUGGGCGCAUCUCGCUGCCAUGGUUUGGGCGGGAAUCAGCUCUUCCGUCUGAACGUUGCCGGUGAGUUAGCAAUCCACAGUUACUGCCUCGUACCGGCGGGACACCGAGUCAUCAGCCGGGACUGCAGCCACGUAGGCAAGACGGCACUCUGGGAAUUCGACGAGGGCACAGGACAGUUCAGAGAGAAUAAUACUUCAAAUUGUAUCCAUCUUAAUAUGGGAACUUUUGAAGUGACGAUUCAAGACUGUGAUAUCAAUUCAUCGGCUCAGAAAUUUCAAAUAGCGCCCCCAACGCCCAGAUGACACCAAGAAAGGAGCAGUUUAAACUGUUGUGUAUCGCUUUAAAUUAAACAGUACAUUUUGUAAAGAUUGAUGUUAGUGCAUCAAAGACCAAGCAACUUGAAAAUCUUGUAGUUCCUCUUUAGAUACCUUCUUUUAAAACCUGUGCACCCAUGCUCCUGUUUACAUUUCUUUCUCAUCGGUUGUGUCGAUUUUUGUGAAUCGAUAAAUGUGAAUUACUUCGGUGCCAUUGUCUCUGAAUUCUUCAAAUGUAAAUGAACAAGCUAUCACUGGAGUCUUUCAUAGACAUCCAAUUCCACACGAUGAGAGAGCACUACAGGGCCUAUACGAUAGCCUCUCGAAGGUAUACUCAAGUUUAAAUUCACCCUCUGUUGUACUUGGGGGAAAUGUACCUGAUAUGGUGUGGUAUCCUGACGACAUCGCACCCCCAACUGGCAGUAUACAAUUGUUGAUUUAGCAAACGAUUAAUUUUGGAACAGAAUUAAGGCGGGGUUUUGGACCAUAGAAAAGAUCUAUCUUCUGGGACAGAGAACAUCUUGGUUCUGUUGUUACUGUCCAGGCCUGUGCUUAAUACGCAAAAUGUUCGAGCACAGUCAGGAAUCAGUGAUCACUGCAUUUUAAUUGCUGACAUCAUGGUUGCACCCCCCCUUUAAAACCAUCAAGGAAAAUAUUACAAUGGAAGAAUGUUGAUGCUGAAAAAUACAAGAAAGCAGCCACGGACUUGCAGAAUUCCUUUGUAGAAAACACUCCAACUUUCGAGUCUGUGGAGACCAACUGGUGCUUCUUUAAUGAUUGACUUGCAAAACAAAUCGACGAUCUAGUUCCAUAGAAAAGUGUUAGGGGCAAAGUACGACCACAUGGCUCAGCCUUCAAGGGGGGGGGGCUUUAAAACCUUUGAGAAACGAGUAGAUCGGGAAUUACGUCGAGCACGUCGCUCCUACAUCGCAGACAUUACAUCCACUGAUCACCCCCUAAUGAAAUAAGUCGUAGCGGAAAAAAUAACAGUGGUUUACAGAUCCUAAAGAUGAACAACCUGGAUACUAUCAAAGAUUGCAACAAAACAGAAGCCCUGACGAAUCAAUUUUCAAGUGUCUUCAACAACAAAAUGGAUUUUCAUUACCAGUUAUGCCAGGUGAUCCAGCUAUAUCAUAUAUUUUUGUGUCUUUGGGUGGAGUCUUGAAACUACUCGAAACUAUCCAUGUCUAAAGAUCAUCUGGUCCAGAUGAGAUUCCAACCGGAGCCCUUAACGUAGGUGCUGCCGAUAUAGCUCACCUCCUUGCAUUUAUAUUCAAACAGUCACUUGAUGCUGGAUCAUAACAGAUCGAGGUUGGCUUAUAUUACCAUUUAUUCAAGAAUGGUUCUCCCUCAAGCCCAGCACACUAUCGGCCUAUCUCCUUGACAUCUACUUGUUGCAAGUUAGAGGAACAUACUGGAGACAGUUAUCUCAAUGAACAUCUUGAAAAUCAUCAAAUUCUUGUUGAAAAUGAACAUGCUUUCCGCAAGGGCAGAUCAUGUGGAAGCCAUCUUAUUUCAAGUAUACGUGACUUUGCUAGAAAUCAAAACAGCAAUGUCACCACUGAUUUAGCGGUCUUGGACUUUGCUAAAGCCUUUGACGUCGUGUCUCCUCGAAAGCUUUUGCAUAAGCUUAGCCAUUACGGAGAUAGGGGGAAAAACAUACCCGGAUCUCAGUAUUUCUUAGUAAUGGCUUUCAAUGCGUAAUGGUAAACGGUAACUCGUCAACGUGGCAUCAUGUAUAUUAUAAAUGGCAUCUGCAAGGCACAGGGGCAGGAAGUGCUAUCAGGCUGUUUGCAGACCAUUGUCUAAUCUACAGGAGCGUACCUCUUCUGCAGAUGAAAUGCCAUUCCAGAAUGAUCUGUGUCACCUUGAAAAAUGGGCUGCCGCCUGGGGCGCCGUGUGUUUCAACAUAAGCAAGUGCAAAACCAUGCGUUUCAUACGAAAGAAAAAUCAUGGCAUGAUGUCCUAUAUACACUGUAAAAAGGUUGGUCAAUUUUGGGUUGGUAUUUUGCCCAAUGUUGGUAAAAAUAUCAACUUAGCAACCUUUGGGCACAUUCUUCCCAAUAUCUGGUCAAUAUUUGACCAACAGUGAUGUAGCUUUAACCAAGGUUGGGCAAAUUAGAAAUGCCCAACACUGUUUUGCCCAACUGUUUUUUACAGUGUACCAUGUCCGGUGAACCUCUUAAGGAAACUGAAGGUGUCACAUGUACUUGAGUGUAAUCAUUCAAAAUGAUCUUAGAUGGGAGAAACAAACGAAUCACGUAGUCAUUGAAUCAUCAAGAGCGCUGAAUUUCAUUAGGCGUAACUUCCACAUGAUGCUCCAGAUCCAUCAAAGGGAAGCUCUAGGCUACCGGACACUUGUACGACCACACUUGGAAUAAAGUAUUGCUGCUUGGAAUCCGUACAGAGUGAACCGCAUGUCAUCUAUUGAGAAGAUUCAACGGAGAGCUGCUAGAAUUGUUUCUGGAGACUACUCAAGAAAAAGUAGUGUGACAAAUAUGCUGGCAACUUUUAAUUGGGACAACUUCCAGUUGAGACAUGAUACCCACCAGGUCACAACCUCAUUCAAAAUCAGCCACCGAAUCAUCAUAGUAGAUACCAGUUACAUCUUUUUGCCUAAAAACUAAGGGUCUCGGGGCCCAUAGCAAACAAUUUGAAAGAACCCACAUUUUAUCAUCAGUAUUUGAACAUUCCUUUUUUCCAAAAACCAUUAAAAUAUAGAACAACUUUCAUCAGACCAUCAUUGAUUCACCUUGGUCAGUAGUUUUUAGUCAUAACUACAAACAACUAUAUUGCAGUAACCCUCUGAAAUCAAAAUAGUUUCCACCCUGCUGAAUAUCUCCCUGUUAAUAGUGGAGAAUUCAGGAGGAAUUUCUAGCAAGUACUAAGUUAUCCAUCUCGGUUUAGAUACCUUUUCCCCCUAAACCUGUGCACUUACAAUCCUGUUUACAUUAAUGUUUCAUCGGUUGUGCCAAAGUACAUAUCUGAAUUCGACAACAUGCACGUGAAAUUAAGGAACCAGUUGUAAAUGUAGUGAAAUCAAAGGACUGUAAAUUCCAUUACGUUCUUUAUUAUGAAAGACAGCAUAUCAUUGAAUUGUGUAAAGCCAUUUUGUGAUCUAAAAACAUAAAAAGCAUAGAAGUAUCCAGUUCCUGGAUUUGAAACAAGCAAUAAUUUUGGGAAAGAAAAAUCAAACUUUCCAAGUUAUUUUAGAUUUGGUAUAGUACCUAAAUGUAUAGGAUGUUAUGUAAAUGGUGUUUUUUUGCAAUCCUGGACUCUGCAUGUAGAUCACUGUGCAUUUGCUGAAGAUCAAAAAGAGAUAACACUUCAGAAAUCACAGGUUUAUAAUAAAUAGACUGAUUCUGUGUGAUUUCCUAGCAUAAGUUUUAAAAUCUUCAGGUCUGACACGAUAAAGUUAUUACGUGCAAUAAACGUGUCAAUUUGUUUCGGAUAAUGUUGAUUUGUUUCAGGAAUUUGUAAAAUCACCGCAUGUUUUACAAAUUGCUUUCCUUUAUUUACUCUAAUGCCUUACCUGGCUUUUUGACGUCAAACUUGUGUGAUGAAAGAUAAAUACAAUUUUUUUCCAGUUUUGAGUUGAUAUCCCAUACAAUUGCACCAAUUGGAACUUGCCACCUUAUUCAAUUCAAAGAUUACUCUGAAAUUUUCUUUUAAUUUUAAAUUACUGAGAGACUUAUGCCCGAUGCCUUUACAGUGACGUCGCGAAAGUAAGCACAUCUCGAGAUUAACAUUUGUAAGAACAAAGUUUCGUAUUAGAUUCUUAAACUGUUUGGAAGUUAUUGACCGAUAUAUUGACUUGAAGUAAGAUUUCAGUUUAAGCAUUUUAAAUGUAUGUGAACCUCGACCUUUCAGUAACACUAUAAGUAAAGCUUAGACUUUGACCAAACUGACAGAUAUGAGAAAUCAAUCAGAUGCACCAAUAUAAACUCUAUAUUCCAUUAGUUCAUGAAAUACAGCUGGUAGAAGUUGGUCUUUUUUCUAAAAAUACAACCGAUAGUCAUUUGAUACCUGAUGACGUCAUUGCGAGUCACAUUAAACGGUAUAUACAUCUCUGGAGCUAAUUAUUAGACCGCUUGUGUUUUUAGUCCUUUUAUGUCAACUAGAAGGUGCCUGUGACCGUGACAUAUACUUCAUCCUUCACCGUCCCAUUAGUUAAUUAUUUUAAACAUAAAUUCACCUGAAAAGCACAAAGGAGAGUCUAACAACAUUUCAUUUUCUUCAAAAUGUAAUGUUUAGGCCAUACCACAGUGAUACGGCUGCUGCAUCAAUUUGGCAUGUUACCAACUUUGUCUUGUUUUAGAUUGGAGAAACGGAAACUAUAGCUGUGAUUUUGUGACCACAAAUCAAACAGGUCUGUCUGAUAUCAGUA